CUUACCCCCAUUUUGUGUUUCUCUUUGUCUUGGAAUCAUACACCGCUACUUGCUUGUUUGCUACCAUGAACUGAUUUUAUAACACUCCCAUAAAAUUGUUUCAAAUUCUUCCCUUUGUCUCAUACACUAUUGUUUGCUUGAUUAUCUUGUAAGGAUAUAAAUAUUUUCACUUUCCUCCGUCCCAAAAAAAUAAUCGACGAUAAAUUUUAAAUAUUAUAUUAUUAUUAGUAUAAAUGUAAAAGAUCAAUAUGGACUAAUAUUUUUUUGGGAUGGAGGAAGUAUCAUUAUUUACGAUUUCGUGUAUGUGGUUUUAAGGAAGGAAAAAAACAAAAGAAAAGAAGAAAAGAAGGUGGUUUGCGUUUUGGCUUCGUUAUUAUUAUUGUAGUAUACAUAGGAAAUCACGAAUUUGGGUAUGGGAGCAGCAGAAAGGCUGGCCUAUAUAUUUGCUCCGUGUCUCUCUCUCUCGCUCUCUAUCUGAAUAUCAAUCAGAGGCGAUAGAGGUAAAGGCUUAAAAAGCCGAAAAGGUGACGGCCUUUACUUCCGUGUUCUUCGUGAACCCAAAUUCCCCCAUUUCCAACACAAAUUUAACAAACCAUCUCGGUCGAUUCCGCCAAGCAAAGAUUUCCCUAUAAAAAGAAAUUUCAAUAAAGAGGAGGAAGAAAGAACAAGCCCUCUCUCCCUGUCCGUCACCAGCCAUACACAAUCACAAUCCGUUUCAGAAAGGGGAAAAGAAAUGCCUGGACUCAUUGCACCCUCUGAUUACUCUCGAGAACCACCUCGUCAUCCUUGUCUUAAAAUCAACGCCAAGGAGCCAUUUAAUGCCGAACCACCUCGUGCAGCUCUGGUUGCCUCCUAUGUCACUCCUGUUGAUUACUUUUACAAAAGAAACCAUGGACCCAUACCAAUAGUUGAAGACAUUGAGAGAUAUUCUGUUAUUAUAACUGGAUUGAUCGACAAUUCGAAGGAUAUAUUCAUGAAAGAUAUCUGGAGUCUUCCAAAACAUACUGUUACUGCCACCUUGCAGUGUGCUGGCAAUAGGAGGACAGCCAUGAGCAAAACCCGUAAAGUGAGAGGAGUUGGUUGGGACGUUUCUGCUUUAGGGAAUGCUGUUUGGGGUGGUGCCAAAUUGGCAGAUGUUCUCGAACUUGUUGGCAUACCUAAGUUGACCAAAAGCACACCUUCUGGAGGAAAGCAUGUUGAAUUUGUGAGCAUUGAUAAGUGUAAGGAGGAGAAUGGAGGACCUUAUAAAGCUUCAAUUCCGUUAAUUCAGGCAACGAAUCCCGAAGCUGAUGUUUUGCUGGCUUAUGAAAUGAAUGGCGAGCCUCUUAACAGGGAUCAUGGAUACCCACUGCGUGUUGUUGUUCCUGGUGUUAUUGGUGCCCGUUCUGUCAAAUGGCUUGAUUCAAUUAAUAUCAUUGCUGAAGAAUGCCAGGGAUUCUUUAUGCAGAAGGACUAUAAAAUGUUCCCUCCUACAGUUGACUGGGAUAAUAUCAAUUGGUCAACUAGGAAACCCCAAAUGGAUUUUCCUGUUCAGAGUGCUAUAUGUUCUCUUGAGGAUGUGAAUCACAUAAAGCCCGGGAAGGUUAGCAUGCUUUAAGAUGACUACUUAUGUUUGUGCUUAUUCUUGCCAUGUGAAACUACACACCAUCAACUAGUCUUGUUUAUCUAGUGGUUGUAGAAAUAUGUUGAUAGGGGUAGCUUGACUGGCACAAAAUACAUGAAUUUGUUCUCAGAGCAAAUGGAUAUGUGCAUUAUAUGUUCGGAAACAUGAUUUACAAAAAAAGUGGUUAUUUCGACAUUCAUUUAUGUGCUACCUAUGGUAAUAGGUUUCACAGGUCCUCAUAAAUUUCACUGUGCUAUUAUUUCAGAUAAUCAAGAUUUUACAUUAGGUCAGAAACUAUAUACUAUUUUUAGAUGAUCAGAUGAUGGUGAUUUACACUGUACUGUUAUUUCACUGUUCUAUUUCCUGUAGUUCUUGUUGUAAAUGUGCUCAUGUAAGCUUUUUUUUGCCCCUCUUUGUUUCUCUUUGUGUUUCUAAUCAGAUAACAAUCAAGGGGUAUGCAGUAUCGGGAGGCGGACGUGGCAUUGAAAGAGUAGAUGUAUCAAUUGACGGUGGUAAAACAUGGGUGGAAGCUUUAAGGUACCAGAAACCUGGAGUUCCAUACAUUGCUGACAUAGAGGCAAAUAGCGAUAAGUGGGCAUGGGUACUUUUUGAAGCUGAAGCUGAAAUUUGCCAAAGCACAGAAAUAGUGGCCAAAGCGGUAUGUAAAAUAUCUCAUUACUUUUCAGUUUAUACUGAUGUAACUGAAGAUCGCUUAAGUGAAGCACAUUAUGUUCAAACUCUGUAAAGAAGAGCAUGUCAAUCAUGAUUUCUAUGCGGAGCUGGAUGCUCAUGAUAUAUAUGUGUGUGUGUGUGUGUGUGUGUGUGUUUUACCCUCGAAAACAAAAUAGGACAGCAUCAUAGUUGCAGUCUUGCAGAGUUCAUGUAUAUCUGAAUUUUCUCAAAGAACUCCCUUGAUAACCCUCGGGCUAUAGUCGGUGAUGAAGAUGCUUUGAUUCGGUCUCUGGUCUAAUCUCCUUCAUAGUUGGAGAGUUCAUGUAUAUCUGAAUUUUCAAACUCCUGUUGAGGUUCAUCUAACCGUUUUCUGUAAAAAAAAAAAAAAUUUAUCUGCAUCUAUUAUUGUUUUUUAUGUGCUGCUGCAAAUUUUCAUAUGAGCAGGUAGAUUCUGCCGCUAAUAUCCAGCCUGAAAAUGUUGAAGUCAUCUGGAAUUUGAGAGGAAUAUUGAACACAUCCUGGCACCGAGUCGACGUGCGACUUACUCACUCUAGCAUGUAAGGAUCAAUCAACAGGGGGCGUGAUUGGGAAAAGGAAAACAAUGCCACACUUGGGGAUGGUGUUUUAUGUUCAUUCCAUGUAAUAGAUAGUUUCUUUUCAUCCAUCAUUCCUUGUGUGUGUGUGUGUGUGUUUUUUUUUGAAAAUGUUCCUUGUGUGUUCAAAUAAGUGUAAACCACGAUAUGACUGGGCAGGGUGAACAUUUUACAGCCCCCCAUGACCCUGACUGUUCAAAUUCCCCUUUUUCUUUGAUGUUAUUUGUCAUUACCGAGUUUAUAAAGGAUUUUUACAACUACUAGUAUUAUAUUUUUAACAUACACGGCAUAAACAAAAUGUUGUUCACACAAGCCACGCUCUUGAGGGGAGUGCUAUUACUCCCUCCGUCCCAAAAUUAUUAUCCAGUUUGAGAUUUCACUUUUAGUACAAUUUGAACUAAAAAUGAAGAUUCAAACUGGACAAUAAUUAAGGGACGGAGGGAGU